CCGCGGGCGGCCCCGCGCAGGCGCAGCGCCGCCGCCGCAGCUGCGCACGGAGCGUCGGGCGGUCGGGGCCGGUCCGGGGGCGCUGCCGGGAUGGACGAGGACGUGCUGACCACCCUGAAGAUCCUCAUCAUCGGCGAGAGCGGCGUCGGCAAGUCCAGCCUUUUGCUGCGGUUCACAGAUGAUACGUUUGACCCAGAACUUGCAGCAACAAUUGGUGUGGACUUCAAGGUGAAAACUAUUUCAGUUGAUGGAAACAAAGCUAAACUGGCAAUAUGGGAUACUGCAGGUCAGGAGCGGUUCAGAACACUAACCCCCAGUUACUACAGAGGUGCACAAGGUGUUAUCCUAGUUUAUGAUGUCACAAGAAGAGAUACUUUUGUCAAGCUGGAUAACUGGUUAAAUGAAUUGGAAACUUACUGCACAAGGAAUGACAUAGUGCAAAUGUUAGUUGGAAACAAGAUUGAUAAGGAAAACCGUGAAGUUGACAGAAAUGAAGGCCUCAAAUUUGCAAGAAAACAUUCCAUGUUAUUCAUAGAGGCAAGUGCAAAAACAUGUGAUGGUGUGCAGUGUGCCUUUGAAGAACUUGUUGAGAAAAUCAUUCAGACUCCUGGACUGUGGGAAAGUGAAAGCCAAAACAGAGGUGUAAAGUUAUCAAACAAGGAAGAAGGAUAUGGAGGAGGAGGAGCAUGUGGUGGAUAUUGUUCUAUGUUAUAAACUUUGGGAAGCUUAUUCUUUGCAUAUUUAAACAGAUAGUUACAUCUUUCUGUACAUAAAGUCAUUAAAUGCUAUUUUUAGGGACCUUGCAGUUUGCACAUAUUUGUUUUGUAUCAUGGCAGUGAACACUUGUAGAAAAAAUGUUCUGCAGCUUUCCCAGUCUGAAAAUGUUAUGGUAAGCAUGCCCGAUUUGCAAUCUUCAGGUUUUUAUAAGUAGCAUUAAUAAUGUGCAAGAACAAAUGCACUAAAAAUUUUACAACUGUAUACAUUAAUUGUGUAACUAUUCUAAACAAAUCCAUCUAACAAAUACUGCAUUGUCUGCUCUUUGUCUUAUUUUUAAAUUCUGUUGAAAUUAUAGGACUAUAUAGUGUGCACAGAUCUUGGAAACAGUAUGAGCUAUAAAUGUUACAUUUCAUCUCUUCUAGUAAAUGCUUUUUUUAAGGUAUUAAAAGCAGCAGGAUUAUACAGUUCUUAGACAAAUCUGCUAAAAUUUUGUCUUACAGCAGUGCAGUCUAAAACACAAAUUGGCACAGGCCCUAGUUGGCAUCAGCACUUUCUUGAAGAGAUGCUUUGAAAGCUUCCUUUGCAAAGCUGGGAGACGCCAUGUUUUCCUUUUAAUCAUCACUUCAGUUGAUGGCUUAACUGGAGUUUUAAUCCUGUGAUAUUUAUAUACUAAAUUUGUGGUACUCUUGCACUCUAGGUUUUUAUGAUGGUCUGCUCUAGACUUGCUGCAGAAAGUCUUCAUUAUUGGCAAGGGGUCUCAGUGAUGUCAUUGUUCUUUCAUUGUGAAUCAUUUUGCCACACUUCAGUAUGGAUUCCUAAUUUUCUGAAAUGUUUGUAAUAUAAGUUUAUCUCAACUGUAGCUCACUGUGACUGUGAGAUCUCUUAUCACGUCUGCUUUGUGCAGCUACUUAUUCAGAAAUAAAACUUCUGUCACAGACACUAAAUGGGAAGCUAUAGGGCUUCUUUAUCUCUGUAUGAAAAAAUACUAUUGCAAUGAGUAUUCACUUGAAUUUACUGUAUCAAAGCCAAUGGUUUGUUUCAGAAGACUUGUAUAGACUUAAAUAAAUUUUUUUCCACAGUAUUCAGCUUUUUUUAACCUCUUUCUAUUGCAGAGUUCUAUAUUUUCUAGCACAUAUUUAAACAACGUCAUUUUGUAUGUACAAAUUAUUUCUAAAGGACAGACAAAGAUGCUGUGCGGGAUUUUUAAGUAAUCGAGAUAGUGCAGUCAGUAAAUGAACUAUUAGGCAGUUUCUUGUAGAUAUAGUGAAUGACAGCAUCUUUUAUUACUACAAGGUUUUGUCUAAAUGUCAGCAUACGUGACCUGUGUUUUGCAACAGGUCUUGGCUGCUUCUGUUAAAAUAAGUUUUCUUCUUCAUAUGGAAACUUUGUUUUCUAUUCUGUUUUAUACUUGAUAGAAAACUACCAAAAUUUGAAGGCUUAACCAUGCUAGUUGUUUUUUCUAAAUAUUGUAUCUAGUAUUGUUAAUGUAGUAGGAUAAUUUAAAUAUGUAAAUGUAAUUAACAUUAAAUAUGCAUAAACAUUAUAUUAAAAUCUUAGAUUUGCA